CCUUGAAACUUGUGUAUCUGCUUUCGUCUGCUCCCCUGCCCAGACAGGUAGAGCAGUAGCCGUCUGUUACCAGGUUCCUUACUUCCAGCUUCCAUGCAAAAUCUGAUCAUCCUUUUUAGGAAUUAGGAUUCAAGUUUAGGGAGCAGGUCAGAUACACGUUUUCAGAUACAAACUAGGAUUACUUAAAGUAGGGUUUUAGUGUAGUGCUCGAAGCCAAAAAUACUCACUCCCUUUUAUUGAAAGUUACCUAAUGCAACACGUUAAUUUAAAUAUUUUAUGGAAGUCUCUGAUACACUGGUAAGAGAAGAAAGUAGCUGUGAUUACAUGCAGUAAGAAUUUCUCUUGAGACUUUUUCAUUAGCUUUGGCUCAAUGUAUUAGAUUGUAAAACCACACAACAUUAAGAUUCUAAAUCUAGUUGUUUAUCCCACAAAUUCAUUGUUUUUGAUGAUUAUUUAUAUUCCAGAAAUGGACUUCUGAUGCAGGAAGAUAGUGAAAGGCCUGAAAACAAAGAGUCCAUUCUUUAGCCAUGAGAUUAGCUUUACAUUUUACAGCAUUGACAGAUCUUUCUUAGCUCAAGGAGAGAUUCCAGUGCUUUUAGGGAAAACAAGAUUUUUUCCGUUAUUGAAUUGUAACAUUCGUAAAGCUUUUAAAACAUGAGAAUGUUGAGGUCACAGAAGUGAAAGCAAAUUUAGUAUGGUGGCUAGCGGAGCUGUGGGUUGAAAGAGUUAAGCAGAAUAUCAUGAAAAAUAGUGUGACUUGGAAUCCAUUAGACUGAAGCCUGAAAAAUAAUGGAAGCCCUAAAGUUGAAUACCAUGUGUUAGUAGACCUGAAAAAAAAUCACGGAAGGUGGAGGUCAGACGGUGGAUCUCCACUUUCCCCCUGGAAUUUAGAGGCUAUGUUGAGGGAAAAUAAAUGAUAUACAGCAAAACAAAUAGUAUCAAUCUUUUAUAUUUCUGGAGUCCCUGAGUGGCACAAAUGGUUAAAGGGUGGCAUAUUGAACCCACCCAGAAGGACCUUGGAGGAAAGGCCUGGCAGUUUGCUUCCAAAAGGUUUGCCAUGAGUCGGAAUCAACUCCAUGGCAACUCUUCUGUUUAUUUUUUUCCAUCUCUACUUCAGUUAUUCUUUAAAGCUUAUUAUUUUCCUAUGUUCUGACAGUGGAUUUGGUGUUUGUUUCUUUUAUCUUUCUCAUGCUAACAAAUGCUAUUGCUGGUGAGUCACUGGAUCUCAGUAAUUAUAAUAGGACCAAUUCUAGAUUAUCCGUGAAAAUAGGAAAUAGGUCAUUAAAACACACGGAGAAUACAAAAAUCUAAUUUUCACCUGUUUUACUUGACUGUUGACACCAAACUUUUUACCAGAGCUACUAAGAAAUAGUAAAAUUCUACCUUUAAGUGGUGAAAUGAGGGAGUAGAAGCUAGCGGCUUGCAUGUUAGCCAUUCAAAACCCCCAACAUUGACAAUCCUGGAUUUUUUAAAAAGAGAAAUUUAGUCUAUAAUUUAGAAAAAUUUUUAAAGGAAUUUGGCAGUUCAACAGUAUCUGUGAGUAUUUUCCUUUAUGUGCAAGGGAACAAACACGGAGAAGCCAGUGACUUUUCCAAGGUCAUCCAGCAAGACACUUGCAAAGUGGAGAUGAAAUAAUCAUUUACUUCCAGGAUUGUUCGGUAGCAUUUUGAACACAUCAGGAAAUAAUAAGAUGCAUUCAGAUAAGGUAUUGAAGUACUGUUUGGGAUUUGAAAAUGUUUACCAGGUUUGUUGUUGUUAGGUGCCAUCAAGUCGGUUCCGACUCACAGUCACUCUAUGUACCAAGUUUAGAAGCAUAUUAUUUUGAAAAUUUAUUUAAAGAAAAAAACUGGAGGAGGAGUCUACCUUUUCCUGAUCAGAACUUAAAAUGCAGAGUCAACUCCAUGUGCCUGACAUUUGCCUUGAUGGAUUACUUUCGUCACAAGGCUUAUUGUAGCAGAGCAGAUGGUCAUUGCUACUUGGAGUUUUUCCACUCAUUUGAUGUUUCCAUGAAGAAACAAUUUGCCAGAAGCCAGCCACAGCUACAGUUGUGCUGGAGAUGAUGCUGAACCCUGAUUAGCACAGACCUUUGCUUACAGAAGCUGGAGGUUAUUGGUUCAGCCCUUUCUGCUGAACGAGUCAGUAUUUCCGUGGGUUAGUGACACAGUUCAGUCUUGUUACAAUAUUCCGGGCCAGGUGGGCUAGCAAGAACUCCAGUAAUAAUAACUACACAGGAUCAGUGUACUUUUGUAAUUUUUUUUCCUUUGCGCUGGUAAAACUGAGUUACCUUUGAAAUGCCAAUCUAGCUUCCUUACAAGUGUGCUGUGAUUGUCAUUUCCACUGGUUGAUGUUUAUCAUAUCUCUGUGUUCAAAUUUAAAAAAAAUUUAGUUGCUUGUCUUUAGCAAGAGUACCAUCGUCUGAAUUUUAAUGUCUGUAAUAAAGUAUGCACUGCAUUACAACAUAAAAUUCCAUAAGGCCCAUAAAAAGGCAUGUGGCUUUUAGCCUUUAUUCAGCUAGCUCAAUCUAUUUAAAUAUCUAUAUUUAAAUCUUGAAAUGUUUUCAUAUGGAAGCCAUAUUGCUGCCUCCUGUGGUUGCUUUGGAUCCUAUCUUAUUGAUAUGUCUGCUACUGAAUAGUUUUCUUGAAGUGACACAAAGUGUUAGUUUUAUUUUUGUUGCCCUUUUGCUGCUUAAAAUCGGAUAAUUUCGGGAUGCAUUUUCUCAUUUUAUUGUUUUAACAUCCGUUCAGCCAAUAGCUCUGAUAUUAUUGAGCUUCAUUCAACCCAACAAAGCAUUGUUGUAGAUCAUGCUAUGUAAAAAAUAAUUAACAGUUGGAGCACCGAGUUCACGCAAAGCAUUAUUGUGAGUACUUAGCGUGUAUUUUGUCAUUUAAUCCUCUUAACAUCCUUAUUGGGAAGUAGUAUUAUUAUCCCCCAUUUUAUAGUUGAGGAAACAGGAAGACUUAGAGGUUAGGUAAUUUCUUUAACAUAGAGUAGUAGGGCAGACAAUUCAAAUCUGUAAAGUCUCUUAUGGAGCCUGAAUCUUUGUGGGGUAUACUCAAGGACUAUUCGAACAUAUUUGUAGUUACUGUGAUAUUUCAGCAAUCCAUCCCUUUAAAGUAUAUCGAAUAGACAAUGUGUAAAUGAAGAAAAGGUAGUGAUGCUAUAGUCUAAUGCUUAUUGAAAUAUUUUGAGGCAAAAGGCAAGUAUUUUAACAAUAUUCUAAAAUGAUUAAAGAUAAGGCAGCCAUAAAGGACAUUACUAGAAUAAAUGACAAAAUUUGAAUCUAGUCAGAUUUGUAUUAGAUGUAGUCAAAUGUUGGUUAGAUAAUGGUAUUGGAUGUUAAAUUUCCUGGUUUUGAUCACUGUGCUGUGGUUAUGUAAGAAAAUGAUCUUGUUAUUACAUACUGAAGUAUUUGGGAGUAAAGAGGUAUACUAUCUCCAGCUUACUCUCAAGUGGUUAAAAAACAAGUAUAAAAAUAGAAUGGGCAAAAUUUAAGUAUUUGAUAACUCUGGGUAAAGGAUAUACAGAGUUCCUUGUACUAUUCUUACAACUUUUCUGUUUGAAAUUAUAUCAAAAGCUACCCAAAAAUGAAAGGAGAAAACAGGAAGUGAAGGUAUAGCAUUCUAAGAAUUUUAUUUUUUUAAGUCAAGUGAAGGAUUGUUUCUUGUGCUCUGAUUUUUUUUCCCCCCUUCCUUUUUAGGAGUUGGAGGAAGGGGCUUGAAACCAAAAAAUCAUAUCAGAAAUAGGUUGACUCUCUCAAGUUUUACGAUCUAGCCAUUCAGAGCUCCCCAGCUCUCCUAAAAAUUAGGCACAGUAUUUUCCUCACCUCUUAAUGGGUUGGUUGGAGGGGAUAAAAACAUUAGUGCUCCAAGAGAUAAGAUAUAAAGACAACCCACUUUUACUGAUACUGAAAAUUAAAUUGGGUUAGUUAUAUCAUUCCCUUGCCUAAAACUUUCAAUGGCAUGCUGAUAUUGACUGAUUUUUAUGUCAAAACUCUGUAACCCUACUUUCAAAGCAAGCUACCUAUGCCUGCCUGCCUUUCUAACUCUGUCAUAUGCCACCCACACCAAACAUCUUACCCUCCAGCCAGACAGAUCACGUGAUCUUUGUGCGUGCUUAUCCUUCUGUCUUUCUACCUUUGUUCAUGUACUGUUAGCUUUGCCUGGAACAUAUCCCACUUUCUUCUGCUGAAAUUCUGUUGUCCCACCAUACCCUCCUUUGGGAAGCUCUCUCUAAUCCCAUGCAGAAAUAAAUUUUCCUUUGUGCUGCCCUAUCAGUGGUGAAAACACAAUGCUGUCUGCUUUCAUUCAGCAAUAUUAAUAAUAUCCUUAUUAAGCAUAUAUUAGAAACUAUGCCAGGGACCAUGGAUUUAAAAGCACCCUGGUAGCUAGGAAAGAUUUAUAAACAAAUGAUCGUAAUAUAAAUAUAUAACAGAGAAAUGAACAAAGUCCUGUGAGAGCUAAACACCACCUGACAGCUUAGUCUUGAAGAAAAGAUUACAAUGAAAGCCAUCCCCACCCCCCCAUCCUCCUUCCAGAUUGGAGAUUUCUGGCACAAUAAUUAAAGGAAUAAUUUUUUUUUUUUAAAUGUACCUGUGGACUUCCCAGGUAGAUAUGUUCAUUAGAAAGCUAAAAAUACAAGUGCAGAACUUAAAGAUGAGUCUGGGUAUAUAUAUUUGAACGUAGUCACACAGAUUAGUAAAUUUCAGGGUGUGUAAGCACAAAAGACUGAGGGACAGAUCAGAAUCUCUUGGGGAAAUGGUACCUUUUCCAAACCUACCCUUCCCUUUAUUCCCCAAGAUUCUACUCUGCUUCCCCCUCAACUUCAGUGACAUCCUUCCCAGCUUAAGAAUCAUUGUAUGAAAUGAGAGACAGUAUUGAUACACACAUGUAUGUGUUUACAGCAGGGAAGCAGGGGAAAAGAUUGAGACCACUGAUAGUUAAGUAGUUAAAUGUUUGGGUGUGGAUAAAAUUAGCCAGGAAGAAUAAGAUGAGGAAAAGAGGAUGGGAAUGAAACCUCAAAGAGACUUAAGUUAUAAAGGGUGAGUAGAGAAAGAGGAACCAGUGAACAAGACAGAGUUGGUGAGAAAGGAAGCCAGGAAAGACCAAGACCCAGAAGGCAGGGCCACAGAGAGGGCUGAGAAUGAAUAGGAUGGGCAGCAAGGUGGUGUGCUACAGGGAUAGGCUGAGACCUGAAAUUAGGUUCCAAUUUUAGGAAACCAUUGCAUCCUCAUGAAGAGCAGUGUCAACCAAACAGUUGUGGCGGAAGCCCAACCGCACUGAAUGCAGGAGUGACUGGAAUUGAGGAAGUGAACACAGCAAAUAUAGGUGACUGUUUCAAGUAAGUUGGUGGGAAAGGUGAAGGAGAGAGACAGACAGAGGUAGAUUGAGGGGAAAGAUAAUCCCAAUGGAAGGUGUUCUUUUUUAAGAUAGAGGUGGGUCUUGAAUAUAUAUGUUGGCUGAGGGAAAGAAAACGUGGAGAAGGAAAAAUUGAAGGUAUAGGAGCAGUUAAUGGGGCAAGAUCAUUUAGGAGAGUGAAAUGGUUGUAGAGGAGGAGAAAUUAUUGCUUUGGUGGGAGCUGCUUGAGGGUGAGAACCAUGUUUUAUUCAUCUAGAAUCCCCCAGUAUCUAACAUGCAGCAGGCUUUCAGAAAGUGUUGAUUAAAACGAGUAAAGAUUUUGCUUUUUAGAAUUAGUCUCUACCCUGAUUGGUAUAAUAAUGGAAAACACACACACACACACAACCAGUUUUAUCCUAUAAUUGUCAUUCUGUAAUGCUCUCUAUAUAAGCAGUAUAUUUGCAGCUUUGUGUUCUUUGAAAUAAAAGGGAAAAUCAUAAAUUAUGUAAUUCGGAGGUAGUCAUGAUCACUUAAUUUUUCUGGGCCUGAUAGAUAUUUCUUAAAUUCAUUUCAGCACCUUGAAGUGUGUUACAUUUAAGAUACUCUGCUUGGUGGGUGUGGUGUGCAAUUUAGUGGAGGAGACAGACAUGCACACAAAUAGCCCAUAGAAGACAGACUGACUGUUCCUUUAUAUCAAGAGGGGCACUGUCAGCUCCAUGCCUUAGGGUUAAAAUUAGUGAUUUUUAAUGGUCAGAAAAGGACACCUUUUUGAUUGUCUUCUAUGUAAAUUUUGCCUACUGUAAAUAUUUGUAAUAUUAACAAAGACUGUAUAUACAGCUUUUGGUUCUGUGUGACUUAAUUCUUUCAGAGUAUAUACAAAGUGAACAAAACUGCUUAAGAACAGUAAAGUCAGCUCAUCACAGACCAUAUUUCAGGGCGCAGAUGUAGGUGCCUGGCAGACAUCCUAGAACUUGAAAAACGGAAAAGAGCUGCUUUAUAGGGGAUAAUGCUAAGAGACACUAUGAAAUCUUGGAAUGAUAACCACUCAGAUCUCUGUAGCAGUGACCAAGAAGAGGAAGAAGAGAUGAUUUUUGGUGAAAAUGAAGAUGAUUUAGAAGAGAUGAUGGAUUUAAGUGACCUGCCUACCUCACUUUUUGCUUGCAGUGUCCAUGAAGCAGUGUUUGAGGUGCAAGAGCAGAAGGAGAAAUUUGAAGCACUCUUCACCAUCUAUGAUGACCAAGUUACAUUUCAGUUAUUUAAAAGCUUUAGAAGAGUCCGAAUAAAUUUCAGCAAACCUGAAGCAGCAGCAAGAGCUCGAAUAGAACUCCACGAAACAGACUUCAACGGGAAGAAACUGAAGCUGUAUUUUGCACAGGUACAGAUGUCCAGUGAGACUCGGGACAAAUCGUACUUACUGCCACCACAGCCUGCCAAACAGUUUCUUAUCUCCCCCCCAGCCUCCCCUCCAGUGGGGUGGAAGCAGAGUGAAGAUGCAAUGCCUAUGAUAAAUUAUGAUUUACUUUGUGCUGUUUCCAAAUUGGGACCAGGAGAGAAAUACGAACUUCACGCAGGAACUGAGUCGACACCAAGCGUGGUGGUUCAUGUCUGCGAAAGUGAAACUGAAGAGGAAGAAGAAACAAAAAACCCCAAACAGAAAAUCACCCAGACAAGGCGCCCCGACCCUCCGACCACAGCACUGAAUGAGCCCCAGGCCUUUGAUUGUGCCCUGUGACACCUUUGACGGAGGUGCGAGGCAGCUGCUGUGGGCUUCAGCAAUGGAGACCUGAGCCCCGACCCCCGCGGACACUUCCUGCUGCUGAACGUAGGCAAGACUAGGAGUGAAGGCAGCACAGUACAUAAGCCUUUUCACCAGGCCUGUGCUGCAGACAGGCUGGCACAGAGUAGCAGCUGAUUUUACCUAUUCCAAAUUCUAACUGAUGUUCUGAGUGGCACUUUACAUUCAAGGAUUAGCCCCCAAGAUGUGGCAACUCUUGACCAUUUUUAAAUAGUAGCAUAUUAGGAAAACGGCUCCCCUCUCUACCCCCAGCAAUGUUAGUUUCUCUGAUUCCAUAUAGCAUGGAGUACCAAAACCUGAAACUAUAGUCACCCAGUGCAGUACCGUUUUUAUGAAUUUAAAAAUAGACUUACAAUUUUAAUAAUCUAGCGUGGGUAUUUUUGUACUGCUAUAAUAGCUUCUAGCUAAUAUAUGGAUCAAAGGUUCAUUGUUAUUCGGUAUACAUGAAAUUUUUUGCACGAAAAGAAAUCUGAAAUAUAGGCUAAUUCGUAGAAAAUCAUUUUUUUUCAAGUAUUUUUUUCUUUAGCUUUGGGGAAGUCUUGCCAAAUUCAUUUUAUCAGAAUCAAAUGGCACAAAUCUAUGUGUGUGUUGUUCCCUUCUUGGAGUCAGAGGAAAGUGAUGCACAGACCACCAUUCCAUAGUCAUCCCUUCCAGAGAUAGGCUGCCCGGAAAGGACGACUACUUUGAAAGCGGGACGUAUCACCAGUGAGCUUGGCUGAUUACGACUGCAGAUGGCUAUGGCACUCUGCCGUUUGUGACCGUGUUGUAGCUUGUAAAGAACUGUCUUCAGCCACCAGUUUUUUAUCCUCUUACCUUUUCCAGUGUUGUGUCAACCACUAGUUCUUGAGCUUUUCUGUGCUGUAUGUACGUUUGCGUAUAUCAAAUGUAAAAGCUGAUGAGCAGAUUUUCUGAAGGCCAUUUUUAAAUGUUCCAUUUAUUUUCAGCUUGCUUUGAAAGACAAGUUUACACGUACUGUAUUCUUGUGAGUUAGGGAAAGGGGAGGAGAUCUUUUCAUCCAUCAUACUUUUCUUUUUGGUGAAAUUUUUAGCCCUUCAGUUGGCAUUUUUCACUAAAACAGAAUUGUUUCUCAUCCGUGUUAUAGAUUGUGUACUUGAGCCUCCUAAAGUCGAAGCAGCAUCUUUUUAACCCUUUGUAGUCUAUUCAGACUUAGAAGUCGCUUUUAUAGAAAAGUAUUGUAACUUAGAAUGCUUUGCUUUUGGUCCAGUGGGUCUGCUGAGUCUCUCCUCUUUGUGCCAUUUCUUGGUAUGACAGAUGUCGGGAACUCCCUGGCAUGUCUGGGGAGGAGUUGUACAUAUGAGUUUGGACUAAUAAACCAAUGUGGCUGCUAUUACAAAGAAAGGAAAAUGCAGAAGUUCAGGCCACGGUGUCUGUAUGUUUUUGGUAACAUGCUAUUAUGGUUUAGCUGUUCGUAGUAUGGUAGAAUUUAUUUCUGUGGGCUUAAACUAUAUUGCAAAAAUCUUUUUUAAGUUUUCUAUAUUUUACUUGCCCUUAAAUACUCUGAAGUGGUAAACUCUUCUCUUUCUAUAUAUCCGCCACUGCAAACCCCAGUGUAAAUUCAGUUGAAAUUUGCCAUUCCAUAAGCAGUUUAUUAAAUCCAGAUCAUCAUUUGGUAGUUUAACUGACAGCCACUUAGUUUAUUUUGUAGGUCUGAACUCAGCGUUGUGCUAGUUUUUGAUCUUACGUAGCUAUACUAAUUUAUCAUUGCAGAAUGGAGCCUAGGUAUCAGGAAAUGUAUGUAUUUUCAACAGUUGGAAAUUCUUCUAAUUUCCUGGUAGGGAAUGUUGAUUCACUAUGAUUUUCUCAGUGAUGAAAACCCAGCAUGUCUUACUUGGUUUGGCUUUCAUUCUCUACCUGCCAGCUGAGGAAUAUUAUAUCCCAAAAAUGUAAAAGUUUUUUUUAAUCAAACAAUGCAUAUUACCUGAUUUUAAAAAUCUGUUCUUUGUUUGCUGGUUUGUUUUUUAAGAGUAUUGAAUAAAUUGAAGAAAAUUUUAAACCAAAAUUUGAAAAAUAUAUAUUGAGUCAUUUAAUAUUUUCAUUCUAGUAUAAUAUUUCUAUAUGAUGAACUCUAAAAGAAAAACUACUAAGUGCCCAUCAACUUUUUAAUAUUGUGAAAUCAAGCAGAAUCUCAGCAGGUACUAUGACCUCUAUCAUUAAUUUUGGUUAUUUCAUACCCAGUUCAUGUAACCAUAUUGCAAGAGAUGAGUCUCUCAUGCAUCUUUUUUUUUUUUUUUCUUUUUAGUAAAUUCAUCUACUUUAUUUCUUCUUUGAAAUUGAAUUAUUACUUGGAUUCAACUCUGCAUAAUAUGCUAACCACAUUGUCCUUAGCAAUUAUAAUCCCUUUUUGGGAAUCAAAUUAUUCAGUAAAUUGUGAGGAAAGAAAAUGAUGCUUUGCAUUAGGAAAAAACAUCCGUGAAAGAAAAGAAAACCAUAACAUUUAAUAAGGUAGUUGACAGAACCUGCAAUAUAUUGUCUUAUGUUCUAGAUUUAUCAUACCCAGCUGAUGAAACAAGAUAAAUCAAUUUAAAAAGUGUACUGGUGAGCAUCCACUAGGUUUAAGGUGCUAAAAGGCAGAAAUGGAUAAGAACAGUUCCCUUCUUUUGGGCAGCUGAAAAUCAGGUGAAAAGCAAACUGAUCUUCUCACAUUCUGCUUCUUUUCAAUGUUAUACACUAAAACUUUUCAGUGAUUAAGAGUCAAAUAAAAAAAAAACUAGGAACUUCUUAAGUUCUGGAUUGAAGAGGUACUUGGAGGUAGAGGUCAGGUGCAGUACUUUCAUUCUUUAAGGACAUAGUCUUUUUUGUUUUCCAUUCAUAUUCUGUCUUUUAAAAAUGCUGUGAUAAAAAGGGAAAAGGUUUGGUUUUCUUAGAAUCUCAGUUACAGAGUUGAAGGCAAGUUUAGAAAACAUACCAUCCGGUCCUCGUGUUACACCAAUUAGGAAACAGGUCAUGUGACUCACUUAGGGGUCUGCAGCAAGGUGGUGGAAGCCUGAGGACUAGAGGCAGCAUUCCCAGCUCCCGGGCUAGUGCUCUUCCUGCUUUUUCUUGCAUUGCCCUCUUAAUCUUGAAAGCAGUGAAUACUAAUUCUUAUCAUAAGAAAAAAAAAAAAUCCUCUUUCCCCUGAUAGGAUGCAGUGCAUAAGAAAAAUCUUAUCUGACGAAGUUGGUGACUUAGUCAUUUUAAUUAAUGAAUUUGAUGUUCCAUGUUUUGUGUUUUUGUUUUCAUUAAACCAUUGGAAUUGGAAUCUGCUUAAAUAACAUUAUCUUGGUAGCCAGCGGUUUCACUGGCAUUCUCUGUAGACUUUCCUAGAUUUUAAUAGUAAUGAGAUUAAGAUAUAAAUACUCAUACGUAAAAUAUGACUCUAAUGAAACAGAAUGAGAUCUGAUGUGAUUUGGGAAGAGUUUAUAGCCCUUGUAAAAUUGAGUCCUAUUAAAAAUUGAAGACUGAUCUAUUGCUUCAUAAUUUUAUACAGAGUAUUUUACAGAUCAUGGUUCUAUUUUAAAAGGGGAAAAUCUCAAACAUAAUUAAGCAGUGGAAAAUAUACUGAGUUCUAUGAUGCAUCAGGUUUACUGCCUGUGGGUUUUUCUCUUUUCCGCAGAGUUAUGUACCUCAUACCUAUCAUACAGGUGAACUUGGCUAGUGUUUGCUUUUCCCUCUCAGUGUGCUCCUUUGUUUACACCUUUUGCAUUAACAUCUUCCUACGCUAAAGGAAAUCAAUUACUUACAAUGAGUGUGACGAUAUGCAGGAACAAGAGACUUGGGAAGUACCUGCCUUCUAGCUGGGGAGAUAAAUCCAUGUUACAGAAGUUACACUUUUAAAAAGUUAAAUAAAUUUAAAGAAUAAGAUUUAUGAGCUUGUUUGAUACUUGUUUGCUCUUUAUCUCACUUUGGAGUAAGGGUCAGUAGCCAUCUUUGUAGGAAUGCCAUUGUCUUCUUUAAUCAUAAAUCAAGAAAAAAAUGUCAAUAAGUUGGAGAUAUUGUUAUUAUUACCAAAUAUACAAGCAGCAUAGCAGCUGAAAAUUACAACAGCCGAUAGGUUCAUAGACCAAAAAGAUGGUAAAAAUGGUCAUGUUCAAAAUAGAAGCUAUCAGCCAUUAUCAAGAAGAACUUGCCUUGGGCUGAGUCAAAGUGUCUCUACCUGUUUAAGCAAAAGUGACAGUUUCAGACCCUUGACUAAAUUAGAUAGGCGUUCUAUCUUGUAAACCUACGUUUUCUUUUGAAACAAAAUUGUGUCCUGUUAAUUCUUGGAACUCCUGCAUAACUUUGACUGAAUGUUCAUCCUUGUCGUAAUGGAAGAUUUACAUCUAUGCAGAUAAUAUAUGUUUUCUGUAAUAUUUUCUAUUUAGUCCCCAGUCUUCCUAGUUCAAAUGGGGGACUGAGGAGAAUAAAAGUGGCUAGUCUUGUUAUUGUGCGAUACUGUUCCCAAUGUUUCUCAACCCCAAGUGGGAGUCACAGUGAGUACUGAUUUACGUUCACUGUAUUGUACAUGUCCUCCAAGUUUAAGAGUUUCUUCAGCCAUUUCACCUCAAUCUUAAUUGAACCCAGGAGUUGAAUUUAUUAUUUUAUCUGAACAUGUUUGUGGUCUUGUGGUAUAUUUUGGGGCAUGUUACCUUCCUGGUACUAUAAGCUGUAGUGAAUACUCAUUGUACUUUAGAAGCGUGGUCUGUAAUUUAUGUACAUGUAUUCCAUAUUUUAGUGUGCUUGAAGUGGCCAUCCAUAGUUGUAGUAGUUUGUUAUUCAUCAGCUUUGACAACCCUGUGUUUCAAGGACAUUCCUUCCCCUAUUAAGGUGACAAAAGCAGAAUGUAAUUUUUUGGAAGCUUCGUGAUUACUUGUAACAAGUUUUGUUUUUAUAACAUAAAAAUAAAGUGAGUUGUUUUUUUUAAAUCAGUCCCUCAAUUUGCGUUCUUUGUGUAUAGUAUCUUCAGUAUACAUCACUUACAUUUAGGUAGUAACAUGGAAAAGAAAAGUGAAGUGUUUGUUCCUUUAAUAAGAGUCCUGUGGAGCAUUAAUGCUGUUGGGCCAGUGAACUCUCGUUCAAGGUGGUGAUUCUCUGCUGACUGGAAAACAACAACAACAACAAAAACCCUACAGUUCGAGUUCUUCACCAAGGAAAGGUUUUAUCAUGAUUUACGCCUCAGUUAAAAAUGAUUUAUUCCUGGUAAAGUUUAUUUUUUAUCUUGGUU